GGUGCAGCGUAAUGUUCUAAAGAAUCCUCUACUGAAGUUCUAUAAUGUCUACUUCUGUGGUUUUGGCUGCUCUUCUUGGCCUGUUUAAUUUGAAUCAGGCAUCUCUGCCAGACUGUAAGGAGCUCAUAACACCGCGAACCCUGGAGGAUGACAAUAAAAGUAUCAUGGGUAAAUGGAUCUUCCUUGAAGGCAUAGCUGAUCACCACUUAUUUACAGAUAUCUUGAAGACUGUGAACAGCUCAUGGAUGGAGUUUGGCCCAAGCACUCUUGCAAAAACUCUAACGCUCAGUCAAGGGGAUAUGCGAAAUGGAAAGUGUAGAUUUUGCACCAUUAACACAACUGUUAAUGAUAGUAUUUUGUAUGCCAGUGGAAAUGAAGUAGUUUCAGAGGGCAAGUUCUUGCCAUCCUGUCCUGACUGUCUCACCAUAAACUUCAACAACCAAGUUAAAAAUGAGACCAUAUAUUCUUUAUACUUAUUCAAGAGAGAGAGCAACCGAACCGAGUCUGACAUGGACAACUACUGGAAGCAAGCUGAAUGUCUUGGAUUGAAAAGAGAAACCCAGUACUCCUAUGAUGAUGUAACAGAACUCUGUCAUGUGGUCAAGGUCAACUCAUCUGACCAGAAGUAA